AUGGCUUCUCCCCAGUCCACCACCUCGCACGACGACAACCGCGUCAACUCCAAGAAGAACCUCGAGCAGAUCACCUUCCGCUUCUGCUCCGAGUGCUCCAACAUGCUCUACCCCAAGGAGGACGAGGACUCGCACAAGCUGCAGUUCACCUGCCGCACCUGCCAGUACACCGAGGAGGCCACCUCGACAUGCGUCUUCCGCAACGUCCUCAACAACGCCGCCGGCGAGACGGCUGGCGUCACUCAGGAUGUCGGAUCUGACCCUACGGUUGGUAUCCCCUCUCCCUUCUCUCCUACCACUGCUGCCUCCUGCAAUAUCCUCCUCUGCAUGGUCUGCAGUUGUGAAAUCAAGUGCAGCGUCUGUGGGGAGCACAACGCUGUCCAAGUGGCCCGACCGAGCGAUCUCGAGAGCAUGACCACGGCCACCACCGCCGCCGAAGACGACGACAUCGAGGAUCUCUUCGAUUACCCCGACCUCGACGACCUCAGCUUCGACCUCAGCUACGAUCUUAGCUACGAUCCCUGCUAUGACCUCAGCAUGGCCGACCAAUAUGAGUUCGAGUACGAGAUGGAGAAGGGCAACAGAGACGAAGACAUCCAGCCCGACGCUGAUGUCGUCAUGGUUUAG